AUGCAGUUCUCCAAGGUCAUUGCUGCCUCCUUCGCCCUCCUCGGUGCCGCUGUCGCACUACCAUCCCCCCAGGCCCCUUCUCCUAACCCGAAACCUGCGGUUACGCACGCUCUCAACGAGUUCAAACAUGCAGUUACUACCUUUGAGAAGGCAACAUCAGCUGCGAGCUGCGACUGGAUUACAUGUCUGGAAUCUCUUGCCGCCUCCAGCGCUGCUUGUGCUGCCGCUCUUGAAGAAUUGGGACUGAGUAUGCCAUUUCCAAUGCAGAGGACUAUCACAUCGCCCUUGACCUUGCCUGUAUUGCUACUGCUGCCUCAACCAGCACCAAAGGCUGCGAGGGAUGCUUCUAAAUCAGCCCUAGGCCCGCCAGGAUAUCUUACACAGUUCCCCCACCGCUUCGUGGGACAUGUUAACCAAUCGGCUUGGUAA